AUGAAAACCGAACUGGACGAGCUGGUUGAAUUUCUUCAUCAUGGAAAUACUCAGAUCAGACAAAUCGCAUGCGAAAAUCUAGUAGGAUAUUCGACAUCUAAGCCUGAAAUUUUUAAAUGUCAUCAGCUCCUACCAAUACAGGAUUUGAAGCUCCUUGUUAGAGAUUAUACACCGAUUGCGAGUAAUGCCUUAACGAUACUUGUCAAUCUUUCCGGCGACCAGGAGGUACUGGAUAACCUUGCUAGUGACGAUGAUUUCAUAGAAACACUCCUCACGAAAGUAACUAAUAACAAGGAGCGAAAUGCGGAUGGCGUAGCCAUGCUAUUCGCCAAUCUUGGGAAAUCAGAGAAAAUAAAAAAACUCUUCUCCCUCAAGCGUCGGCCCGCUCAGCCCGUGUCUAGCUCUGUGUAUGCGGUGGAUCAGUUGAUGGAUUGUUUCGUCAAAGGCGCCGAGGGCGCACUCAACCAAUAUUCGGACUUCGACUAUCUAUCAUAUCUUUUUGCCGAUCUGUCGAAGCUGGAGGAAGGGCGCACUUAUUUUACGUCGAGGCAAGAUUACGAUGGAGUCGUGCCUGUGACAAAACUUACUGUCUUUACUGAGCAUCCGAGUACAGUCAGACGGAGGGGCGUCGCAUCGACCAUAAAAAAUGUUGCGUUCGAGAUACCUUUCCAUCCUACCCUCUUUUCCGAAGACGAGGCAAAUUUACUCCCUUAUGUACUUUUGCCUAUCAUGGGUCCAGAGGAGUACACCGAAGAGGAUUCUGCCGACAUGCUUCCGGACCUCCAGCUGCUUCCUCCCGACAAGAGGAGAGAGAGUGACAGCGGCAUAAUUGUAACCCAUCUUGAAACGCUGCUUUUGCUGACAACCAGCCGGGAAGGACGCGAAAAAAUGAGAGCUGUCGGUGUUUAUCCUGUAAUCCGAGAGUGCCACCUUCGCGUUGAUGAUGAUGGCGUCCGUGAGGCAUGUGACAGAUUGGUGCAGGUUAUCAUGCGGGACGAGGAAGAAGAUGGGGAUCCCCCUGCGGUGCAGGCUCACGAUGACGACCAGAAGGUUGUGGAAUUAUUCUAA